AUGGUGGAUGACGAGGAGCUAAAGAGGCUCAGGUUCGUCCUGAGCAAAAAGGUGGGGCGAAUAAAAUACUUUUUUUCGUACAUGUUCUACAAAAUAUUCAGCCAUUUUUAUAACAAGAAAAAUAAAAAACGAGAAAGGUUUGUAAAUAUACAUGGAAGGACGAGUCCCCAAUUUUUCUGUGACAAUAAAAUUAGGAGUACAAAGUACACAGUAAUCACAUUUAUUCCUCUCUUUUUAUUUUACCAAUUCUCGGAUUUUUUAAAUUUAUUUUAUUUGUGUGUUUCUUUGCUACAAAUAAUUCCGAUAUUCAACACUGGAUAUGUGUUCACCUUUGUGGCCCCAUUAAUUUUCAUCAUUCUUGUAAGUCUAAUCAACGAAGUGGUUGACGAUUUGAAGCGGUUUAUAAAGGACCUUGAGAAUAACAACGAAAUUUAUUACACCCUUUUGGAGAACGGGAAUUUCGAAAAAAUAUACUCCAAGGAUAUAAAAGUCGGAGAUAUCAUUUUGAUAAAAUCCAAGCAGAGAGCCCCGGCGGAUUGUAUUUUGUUACGUAAUUUAAGUAAAAAUGAAGAAUAUACUUUUAAGGUGGAGGAGAAGAAAUUUUUCGGCAGUAUAAAAUUGAACAAAAAUUCCAACGUGUACAACAAAAUUAACAAGAACUACUACCAUUUUAAUAAAAAUAUUGAUAACGAAUUGAUUGAUGAUCGAUAUAACGAGUCAAACAACAACUUGAGCGAAACGAGCAAUCAUCAACUCUUUAGUGAAAAUGAAAAAUCUCUAAACGGAGCGAAAGAAAAAAAAUUUCUUUUAAAAGACAAGCCAGAGAAAAGUGGUCAUAAAAAUGAUAUGAACAGUUCAGGCGAAUUAGCUAAUUUUGAAAAGAAAAAAAAAAAAAAAAAAAAAAAAAAGAAAAAGAAAUUAAAGAAUAGAAAUUUAAAAAACAAAGACGCAGGUGCAGGUGGAUCGACCGAAACGGCCAAUUAUACGUAUGUCAAAACGGACAAAAUUGAUGGUGAAACGGACUGGAAAAUUAAGUACCCAAUUAGCAUCUUCCAAAAUUUAAAAAAGUUGAAAGAUUUCUUCACCAUUGAUAUUCUGUUCAUCCUGGAGCAGCCCAAAAAUGACAUUUAUAAAAUUGAGGGUUCUUUCGUCAUAUUCAAGUAUAACCCGCAUGGCGACUUCCAGAAGGAAGAAAACAAUAACACCAUGGGAAUGAGUGACAACCCGUUGAUGAACUAUUCCUUCGACAUGAUCAGGGACGGGGAGGUCGACUUGGAGCGCGGCAAUCGCGGCGGAGUGGCCAAGGCGGGUGAGCCCGCAUACGGUGAGGAGGACAACGAUGACGAUGAUGAUGACGACGAAGACGAUGAUGAUGAUGAGGAAGAUGAUGAAGACGAUGAUGAUGACGGCGAGGAUGAUGAGGAUGAACGCCGAAAGGAACUCGAAUUGGAAAACGUUGCUGACGGCAAUGAAAAAGGAGUGCAUCAUAAGGGCUAUGUAAAUUUGGCGGAAAAGGACACAGACUACGUGUACAGCAAUAACAGGAAGGAAAAAAAGAUGAACAAUGAAAUGGUGAAAUUCAACGACCUGGAAAAGGGAGCAGUUGUAGGAGUAGGUGGCUCAGGAGGUACUAUGUCGGGUCAAAACAGAGGAGUUAUUGAAAAUUAUAACUGCACAAAAAAUAAUGCAAAAAAAAGUGGAAACUAUGUUGCAGAGACGAGCAUGUGUAGUGUCUUUAAUAAUGAAGACAAUUUCAAUUUUUACAAUGUCAGCUAUAGAAAGAAAUUAACUUACGACAACUUUAUUCUUUUUAACUCUGUGAUUACGAGUUCAGAUGUGCUUUGUUUAGUUAUUUACACCGGAAGUGAUACAAGAGUGAAUAUGAGUACACAGAUUAGCAAAAUAAAAAGAGGAAUGAUAGACAAUAAGUUGAAUAUGAUAACGUUAUUUUUGUUUUUAAUUCUCGCGUUAUUCUCCAUGUACAUGUGUACGGUGAAGUUGAAUAAUCUGUGGUACUUGAAUUUUAUUCGUUUCGUUUUGCUGUUCUCAUCCGUCAUCCCUAUAUCUUUAAGUGUUAAUUUAAAUAUCGCUAAAAUUUAUUACACUUUGGUGAUUCAGAAGGAUAAGGAAAUCGAAACCACAAUUAUAAAGAACAGCGCAAUUAUAGAAAACUUUGGUGAUGUGGACUACAUUUUCACGGACAAGACGGGAACACUCACAGAAAAUGUAAUGGUCCUUAAAGUUAUACAUAUCGGCUUGGAUGUUAUCCAUGCGGAAAAUGAAAAGAAUAAUAUGCUACAGGGAAAUAUGGAAAAUAAAGGGAAAGGAAAUUUCAACAAGCAUAUGCUAUCAUACGACUUGGAUGAUUUAAACGAAGAUGUGGAUGGCUCGUCUUUUUACUUAGGAUCCAACUACUCGAAGAACGAACGAAGGAAUAAGUACAGUGGAAACAAAAAUGAACUGUCAGCCUUGAGGCAACUAAACAAAACAGUGAACCCUAUGGAUCGUAUCAAUAUUCUCCAUGAUGAGGAAAACAUUGAUGAAGAGAAUUUGGAUUAUGAAAAUUUUGAUUUCGGAAAUUUUAAUGAACAUUCGGCAGGCUCCAAAUCAGGCUUUUCUCAGAAUAACUACCGAAGUGCAAACUUAAAACCUUUCAAGCAGAACAGCUUGGCUAUGAGUACGAGCGUAUCAGGGGGAGGUUUGGGACAGAGGAGGAACGACAUUCAUAAAAAGAACUCUGUUCAUUUGGAGAAGAAGAAAAAAGUGGAACAAAUGGUGGACGAAUUUUUGAAGUACAAGUUGGAUCCCCUAGAUUAUUACAAUGACAAUGUGGAAGAUGUAGAGUUCUUGAAGAAGCACCGUGUAUUCCAGACAUUUUUGUCUUUCCUUAUAUGCAACAAUAUAAGAACUCUGGCAAAGGAGAGCAACAAUGACGGAGAUUCCAACGGUAGUGUAAAUGGCACUGCAAAUGGUAGUGCAAAUGACAGUACAAAUGCCAGUGCCAACGGUGGGGAUAGCAAAGAAAAGGAUAAGGUAAAGAAAAAAAAGGGGGAGAAGGAAACAGACACACAGAAAAAUUUCUACUACAUAUUAAAAGUUAAUCGAAAAAAUAAGAAGGAAAAUAAAAAGAAGAAAGAGAAACAUAUGGAUAGUAGUAGUGGAGCCUUUUCUUAUGACAAAAAGAAUUUGGAGUCUAACAGUUCCGAAGAUUCUGAAACAUUUUCACACUCGGAUGUGAGUUAUCAAUGUUCCUCUCCAGACGAGUUGGCGUUCCUAAAAUAUGCUACCAACUGUGGCUUCAUCUUGAGGAAGAAAACUGCCAGCAGGAUAGAAAUAAAAUAUAAAAACCUAGUCAUGGAGUACGACAUUCUGUUGCACAUCCCAUUCUCAUCCGAAACAAAGCGAAUGAGUAUUUUCGUGCGCAACGUGAAGAAUAGAAACAUUUACUUCUUCAUUAAAGGGGCAGAUAACAUUUUAAUAAAGAAGUGUCAUGAGAAGUAUAAAACAUUCAUUUAUGAAGAGAGUGAUCAUCUGUCCAACUUGGGUCUGCGUGUCCUGGUGCAUGGGUUUUUAAACAUAGAGGAGCAGUUCUUCCAUACCUUCUCCAAUUUGUACAACAAGAAUAAAGAUGUCAAGGGGCAAUUGGAGAAUAUUUUGGACUACGUCGAGAAGAACAUCAAGGUUCUGGCCAUAACAGGUGUGGAGGACAAGUUGCAGGAGGGCGUGGGAAAGACCAUUGAGAUGCUCUACAACAGUGGAAUCAAGGUGUGGGUUCUAACCGGAGACAAAAUAGAAACAGCCAUCUGCAUCUGCAAGAACGCCAACAUUAAGAAGAAGAAGCAUAACAUAUACAUAUUCAGGCACGAAAAUAUUAAGAGCACCUCCAACCUCAUAAGAGACUUUAACUCCAUCUUAAGUAACAUAGAUUCGUAUGUUCUCUUCUUUGACAACAUUAUAAUUCAAAACUGUAUCAAGUACAUUCCUAAUGCGUUCGUGGAUUUUGCGGCGAAUGCGCGAGCAGUGGUUUGUUGCAGGUGUAGCCCUAUCGAGAAGAAAGAAAUUGCUCUUCUAAUAAAAACCAUUAGGAGGAAGAAAAUCCUGUGCAUCGGAGAUGGAGGAAAUGACGUGGCCAUGAUCCAGGCCGCGGACAUUGGCAUUGGUGUUUUAGGAAAAGAAGGAAAACAAGUUGUGCACGACAGUGAUAUAAUUGUCUCAAAGUUUAAGAACAUAAAGAAGCUCAUUCUGUACUAUGGAAACAACACCUUUUUGCAAACCUCAUCUCUUUGCUCUUUUCUGAUACACAGGGGAUUCGUCCUCACCUACCUACAGUUUAUUUACAGCUACAUUUUUUUCAGCAUACCGGUGUCUAUCUUUCAGGGAUGGUUGCAAAUUGGCUACACGACAUAUUACACCACAGCGCCAUUUCUGUCUCUUCUGUUGGAUGUGAAAAUAAAAAAGAACUUGAUAUACCUGUACCCGGAAAUAUACAAAAAUAAAAAGCACAAGAGAAAGCUGGAUUUGAAGUCAUUCUUUAUCAUUGUGUGGAUUUCCAUUUUCCAGGGUACCGUGGUCAUGCUCGGGGCGUUGAAGUUGUUCAACGAUAACUAUAAUAACCUCAUUAACAUAUCCUUUUCGUCUCUCAUCGUUUUGGAGAUAAUGAACAUUCACCUGGAGGUGGAGUCAUGGCACCCGUUGAUGAUAUCAGCCAACAUCUGCUCCUUCAUCGUCUACAUCUUUUCGAUGUUUAUCCUGAGGAACUAUUUCGACAUCAUGCAAAUUAUGUCGGUCAUGUUUUGGUACAAAGUUAUAUUGAUCGUCCUGUUCGCGUGGCUUCCUUUUUUCAUAAUUAAAAAGGUAAAGAAUAUUUUAACACCCUCUCAGUUUUUCAAGCUCGCCUGA